CUCCCGACAGCAGAGCGUAUUCUCCAGCCUUAACUCGUCUCGGAAACCCCAAUUUUCUUCGCUGGGCAGAGGCAUCAUGAGUUGUCAGAUCUCGUGCAGAUCUCGAAGAGGAGGAGGAGGAGGAAGAUUCCGGGGCUUUAGCAGUGGCUCAGCCGUGGUCUCCGGUGGGAGCCGGAGAUCGGCCACUGGCUUCUCCUGCUUGAGCCGCCAUGGUGGUGGCGGAGGGGGCUACUGCGGUGGUGGCUUUGGCAGUCAGAGUCUUGUUGGCCUUGGAGGCACCAAGAGCAUCUCCAUUAGUGUGGCUGGAGGAGGUGGAAGCUUUGGCUCCGGUGGUGGAUUUGGUGGCAGAGGAGGUGGCUUUGGAGGAGGCGGCAGCUUCGGUGGAGGCAGCUUUGGAGGCGGCGGCUUUGGCGGAGGCCGCUUUGGAGGUGGCGGUGGCUUUGGAGGUUUUGGGGGUCCUGGCGGAUUUGGGCCUGGAGGAUUCCCUAGUGGAUGCAUCCACGAAGUCUCCAUCAACCAGAGCCUCCUGCAGCCUCUCAACGUGAAAGUUGACCCAGAGAUCCAGAACGUGAAGUCUCAGGAACGGGAACAGAUCAAAAUGCUCAACAACAAAUUUGCAUCUUUCAUUGACAAGGUUCGGUUCCUGGAGCAGCAGAACCAGGUGCUACAGACCAAGUGGGAGCUGCUGCAGCAGCUGGACGUGAGCACCCGCUCCACCAACCUGGAGCCCAUCUUUCAAGCGUACAUUGCCAAACUGAAGAAAUAUGUGGAUACGCUCUCUGCAGAACGAACAUCCCAAGAUUCAGAGCUGAACAACAUGCAGGAUCUUGUUGAGGAUUUUAAGAAGAAGUAUGAGGAUGAAAUCAACAAGCGCACAUCUGCCGAGAAUGAUUUUGUGACCCUUAAAAAGGACGUGGACAAUACUUACAUGACCAAGGUGGAGCUGCAGACCAAGGCAGAUGUGCUGACCCAGGAGCUUGAGUUCAUUAAAUUCCUUUUUGAGGCGGAGCUGUACCAGAUGCAGGAGACUAUCACCAACACCAACGUCAUCCUGUCCAUGGACAACAACCGCAGCCUGGACCUGGACAGCAUCAUCUCCGAGGUCCGGAGCCAGUACGAGGAGAUCGCCCAGAAGAGCAAGGCCGAGGCCGAGGCGCUGUACCACAGCAAGUAUGAAGAGCUCCAGGUGAUGGCGGGGAAACAUGGAGACAGCCUGAAGGAGGUCAAGAUGGAGAUCAGUGAGCUGAACCGCAUGAUCCAGAGGCUGCAAGGGGAGAUCGCCCAUGUGAAGAAGCAGUGUAAGAGUGUGCAAGAAGCCAUCGCAGAUGCUGAGCAGAAGGGAGAGCACGCCAUCAAAGAUGCUCAGAGCAAGCUCUCUGACCUGGAGGUCGCCCUGCAACAGGCCCGGGAGGAUCUGGCCCGGCUGCUGCGUGACUACCAGGAGCUCAUGAACGUCAAGCUGGCACUGGACAUCGAGAUUGCCACCUACCGCAAGCUGCUGGAGGGCGAGGAGUGCAGGAUGUCUGGAGACUUCACUAGCAACGUGACUAUGUCCGUGACCAGCAGCACUGUGUCUUCGAGCGUGGCAUCCAAGACCGGCUUUGGAGGCUAUGGUUCUGGAGGUAGAGGAUCCAGUUCUGGAGGAGGAGGCUACAGCUCUGGAAGUGGCAGUUACAGCUCUGGAGGCAGAGGAUCCAGCUCCAGAGGUGGCGGUGGAGGGGACUACGUUUCUGGAGGCAGCUCCAGAGGAGGCUCCGGCUCUGGAGGAGGAUAUGGUUCUGGAGGUGGCUCCAGAGGAGGUUCUGGCUCUGGAGGAGGAUAUGGUUCUGGAGGGGGAUAUGUCUCUGGAGGUGGCUCCAGAGGAGGCUCCAGCUCUGGAGGAGGAUAUGGUUCUGGAGGUGGCUCCAGAGGAGGUUCCGGCUCUGGGGGAGGCUCUGGUUCUGGAGGGGGACACGGCUCUGGAGGUGGCUCUAGAGGAGGUUUCAGCUCUGAAAAGGGUGGUUCUGGCUCAGGUGAAGGUUACGGUUCCAGCGUGACCUUCUCUUUUAGAUAAGGAUGGAGUUCCCGUCUUGACUCUUCCACUUAGAAUGUAGAAGCCUGUCUCUGUACAUCCAAUCGACAGCAAGUCAAAGCUUGUCAUCCACCUCUGGUGGUAUCUUGGAGGAAAAGGAUGCCCACAUACCAUGUUUGAAAUAUCUUCUCUCCAAACCAGUUAGUGGGAGCCAGUGACACCCUCUGAGCCCUAGGGAAGACUCUGCAUUGCUUGGCCUUGUACAUCCGGCCAUGCCCCCUUUCCUGGCUCCUCCUUGCAUUGCCCAUUUGGUGGUCCUUCUCCUGACGACUGUUCUGUUGAGGGCCCCAUCUCAAAGCCUGCACCUUCUCGUGGCCCUGCCCCCAGGGAAACAUGUUUCUGUGUAUAUAGCCCACCUUGCUGGCUCUGCAACUAAAGUGCUGUGGUCUUGGUGUCUGCACAAUAAACCUUCAUUUGCAAUUUA